AUGAGGAUCAAAUACACAAUAUCCAUCGUCUUUUUUGUGGCACUCGUUAUCAUUGAGAAGGAAAACAACAUUAUCUCAAGGGUGUCAGAUAAGCUUGCCCUAAAGCAGACUCCCCAGACCCCUCUACAGCCCAGUGGUUUUUCCCACAUACUGCUGAAGCACAAUGCUUCCUUCACCUCACUCAGCAAGAAGGACUCUGCCUUCACACUGAUGAAGCGACGCCUGGAAAACUACAGCGAACACCAGGAGGUGAUAACAAGGGGCAGGAAACAUAUCCUCCUCUUAGCCACCACCAGGACAGGCUCCUCGUUUGUGGGCGAGUUCUUCAACCAACAGGGCGACAACAUGUUUUACCUGUUUGAGCCAUUGUGGCAUGUAGAGAAGAUGUUAACGUUGGAGACUGGUGGCACCAACGCCACAGCGGCAGCCAAGGCGUACCGUGACGUGCUCCAGCAGCUCUUCCUGUGUGACUUCUCCCUGUUGGAGAGCUUCCUUGACCCCCUCCCUGUAGAACACAUCACCACCGCACUCUUCCGCAGGGAGUCGAGCAGCUCUCUGUGUGAGGACUCAGUCUGCAGCCCAGUCAUUAAAGGGGUCUUUGAACGGUAUCGCUGUAGGACCAGGCGCUGUGGGCCCUUGAAUCUUACGAUGGCAUCCCAGUCCUGCCUUCAUAAGGAGCACAGAGCCAUCAAGUCAGUGAGGGUGCGCCAACUGGAGACCCUCCGUCCUUUGGCAGAGGACCCACAUCUGGACAUGAAAUUUAUUCAGCUUGUUCGGGAUCCUCGGGCUGUACUAGCCUCACGCAUGGUGGCCUUUGCUGCCAAAUACAAAAACUGGAAGCAGUGGGCCAUGGAUGGGGAUGUGCCUAUUGAUGACGAUGAGGUGAGGAAGCUGAAGGGAAACUGCGACAACAUUAGGAUGUCUGCAGAGGUCGGCCUCAGACAGCCACCAUGGCUGCGCAGGCGAUACAUGCUGGUGCGGUACGAGGACAUCGCCAGGUUCCCAAUGAGGAAGGCAACCGAGAUGUACAAGUUUACUGGAAUCCCAUUCACCCCACAAGUAAAAUCCUGGAUCCUGAAGAAUACGCAGGCCUCCAAAGAGACCAGCGGUGUUUACUCUACACAGAAAAACUCCUCAGAACAAGUAGAGAAAUGGAGGUUCAAUAUACCAUUCAAAAUAGCCCAGGUUGUACAAAAAGUGUGCGGCCCAACACUUAAGCUUUUUGGAUACAAAUUUGUAAGCAGUGAAGAAAUGCUAACAGACAAGUCAAUUAGUUUGAUAGAAGAUAAAGUGUUCAACUUUUUAUAGACUUUGAUUGACACAAACUCCGAACCCUGAUGCAUGAAAAACAUCUAUCGGAAAACUCU